AUGACGGUAAACUCUACCACUCAGUACAUUGGCCACCAACGUUCGUACCGGCUAUAUAAGCUCGCGAGGGAGGCGAGGGUUUCGGCAGAAGAAGAGUCGAGAAUCAAUGCAGAGGUUAAAAAUGCCGACCUCCAAACGGAACCGUUUUGCAAGCCCGCAGAUGUUCCAGGCCAUCGCGUGAGCCUGGUUCACACAGGGCCCCUGUACAACAGAGCACACAAGAGUAACAAGUUGGAACAGGUGAUGCGAAUUGCCCAGAUUCGCAAGAUCGUAUCAUCUGUGAUCCUAUGUGGUCAGCCAAUCGGCCAUCCUGGCUGCUUCUCAGGGCGACAAGCUCGCCUAGAGAGAAAAAGGGAAGAAAAGAAAAGAAAAGAAAAAUAG